AUGUUGGAGGCCUUUCACACGAUCAAGGGAGCUCUGGUGAGUGCUCCAAUUGUCCAACCUCCUGACUGGAGCCUUCCGUUCGAGGUGAUGACAGAUGCUAGUGACUAUGCUGUCGGAGCGGUUCUGGGCCAGAGAAAGGAGAAGAAGCUGCACGUGAUCUACUACGCCAGUCGCACACUUGAUGAAGCUCAGUGCAAGUACGCUACGACUGAGAAGGAACUAUUGGCGGUGGUGUUUGCAUUUGAGAAGUUUCGGUCCUAUCUUGUUGGAUCGAAGGUGAUUGUCCAUACUGAUCACGCUGCCUUGAAGUACUUGCUGACGAAGAAGGAUGCGAAGCCGAGACUCUUGAGAUGGAUUCUUUUGCUUCAGGAGUUCGAUCUGGAGAUCAAGGAUAAGAAAGGGAUUGACAAUGGUGUAGCUGAUCACCUGUCAAGGAUGAAGAUCGAUGAUGACGUCCCUCUAGACGACAGUUACCUGAUGAGCACGUCUACGCUGUUGAGUUUCCCAUGGUUUGGAGAGAUAGCGAAUUACCUCGCUGCUGAGCAUGAACCUACUGGUUUUGUAGGGAACAAGAAGAAGAAGUUCUUGAGAGACAUCCGGCGCUAUUUCUGGGAUGAGCCAUACCUGUACAAGCACUGCACCGAUGGAGUCUACAGGAGAUGUGUAGCUGAUGAGGAGAUACCUGGGAUCUUGUUCCACUGUCAUAGCUCGUCUUAUGCUGGACACUUCGCCACGUACAAGACUGUAUCCAAGGCGCUGCAAGCUGGCUACUGGUGGCCCACCAUGUUCCGAGAUGCUCACAGAUUCGUGUCUAAGUGUGAUGUAUGCCAGAGACAGGGGAACAUCAGUAAGAGAAACGAGAUGCCACAGAACUUCAUUCUGGAAGUAGAGGUUUUCGACGUGUGGGGAGUUGACUUCAUGGGACCCUUCCCAUCUUCCUAUGGAAACCUGUACAUUUUGGUGGCUGUCGACUAUGUAUCUAAGUGGGUAGAGGCUUUGGCCAGUCCCACUAAUGAUGCAAAGGUCGUGAUGAAGAUGUUCAAGUCGGUGAUCUUCCCUCGAUUUGGUGUGCCGAGAGUUGUUAUCAGUGAUGGAGGUUCCCAUUUCAUCAAUAGGACCUUCGAUAAUAUGUUGAAGAGGCACGGGGUGAAGCACAAGGUGGCGACUCCUUAUCAUCCCCAGACGAGUGGCCAAGUCGAGCUAUCUAACAGAGAGAUCAAGAACAUCCUUCAGAAGACUGCAGGCACGACUGGGAAGGACUGGGCUGCAAAGUUGGAUGAUGCACUCUGGGCCUAUCGAACUGCCUACAAGACUCCUCUUGGUACGACACCUUUCAACUUGGUCUAUGGCAAGGCUUGUCACCUGCCUGUGGAGUUAGAGUACAAGGCUGCGUGGGCAGUGAAGCAGAUGAACUAUGACAUGAAGUCUGCGGCAGAGAGGAGGAACAUGCAGUUGGUCGAGCUUGACGAGAUUAGGCACCUGGCCUAUGACAGUUCGAAGAUCUACAAGGAGCGGACUAAAGCUUACCAUGACAAGAAGAUCCUGAAAAGGAACUUUUCCCAAGGAGAUCAAGUCCUGCUGUUUAACUCCAGGCUGAAGUUGUUUCCUGGAAAGCUGAAAUCAAGGUGGUCUGGGCCCUUCGUUAUCAAGGAAGUCAGACCAUAUGGAGCUUUUGAGCUAUGGGACAAGUCUGGUGGACACUUCGUGGUGAACGGUCAACGCCUCAAGCCAUACCUUGCUGAUACCGACAUCACAGAGAGGGAAUCAUUCCUCUCAGUGAUCCAUCUCCUGCCUGAGAGGCAUUCAAGUCAAGCUAGUGACUUAAACCAAGCGCUUGGUGGGAGGCAACCCACUGGUAAGUGUACAUACUCCUUUUCAAUUUGA